CUACUUUUCAGUCCAUUUUUAUAGAAACUUUUAGACCUCUAAGCUAGUGUUCACUUGGAGCUAGGCUCAAAUCAUAUACACAUAACUAACCAUUCAUAUUAUUAAAAAUCAACAAGGAAGACGUGAUAUUCUGGAUCUGCGUGCUUCAACUCAUGGCAGCAGCAUUGGAGUGCUGGUCCAGUAGAGCAAGUAUGGAUGAGGACAUGGUAGAACAAAUUCUAAUGAGUAACAAUGACAGAUCGGAGGAGCCGCCGGGAAAUAGUUGCUCAGCCGGUGGUGCUAGUUCUACCGGCGCCGGAAGCAAUGGAAGUUUUAAAGAGUCCUCUGCGAUGCAGAAGCGUUUACAGAGGCUGAGCCGGAAUGUAUCGGAGGCUAUUGCGUCACUUAAGAACUCGCUCAACCUUGAAUCGGUUCGUGACCCGCCCUCGGACCGGGUUGAGACCUGCCGGAAGCACGUUUGGGGAAGUGUGGUACGGGGCUUGACUCAGCUUUAUCCUGGUAGUCAACUUCCGGAGAAGCUUGUCUCUAACAUUCGCAAGCAUUACGACUCUUUUCCACUCAGCUAUGGGCAAGCUGGAUUCGAAAUGAAGGAUGUGUUUCUACAUAUUAGAUUGAUAGAGCAGGCAUCUGCAGAGGACCACCCAGCCAUUAUGAUACAAGAGGUGUCUGAUGAUGAAGUCCAAGGGUCGAUUUUCAAGUUGACAUUUGCAUGUAACUCCUCUAUUUCAUGGCCUGCAAUGUCCGGGGCACUCGACAGCGCCUCAAUUUGCUGCAAAAAGAUACAGAUCUUUGAAAAGAAAGGUUUUACAUUGGGCGUUGUGAUGCUUUUGGUUCAAUCUGGGAAAGAAAAAAUGUUUAAAGCUCGUAUCGAGAAUGUUCUUAAAUCAUCCCUUAAGAAGCCAAAAUCUACUUCAAUGAAGAAGCUGCCAUUUGGCCUUUGUGGGACUCAAGAAGAGAACACAAAGAACAGAGAAUAUGGAGACAUUGAAGAGGACUCUAGGCAGCCAACUUACAAAAAUGGAUUCGAAAAUUUGAGCCCAAAGGUCCAGCUUCAAAUGCCUUUACCUACUUCUUUGUUUACAGUCUCGGUCGAUGAAUGGCAGACUGUGUUAUCUGGUGGGGAUGAGAUUGGAAAGUGGUUAUUGAGCUCUGAUAAUCUUGAGUUCGUCGAUCAGAUUGGACCUAGUACAUUCAAAGGGGUAUACAAGGGAAAAAAAGUUACGAUUGAGAAGCUCAGGGGCUGUGACAAAGGAAUUGCCUAUGAGUUUGUGCUUCGAAAAGAUUUGUUGGAGCUGAUGACUUGCGGGCACAAGAGUACAUUGCAAUUCUUUGGUGUUUGCAUCAAUGAAAAUCAUGGCUUGUGUGUUCUGACUAAGUUGAUGGAAGGUGGAUCAGUUUAUGACUUAUUGGUAAAGAAAAAGAAAGUCCAGACCAAAGAAAUAAUGAGGAUUGCCACUGAUGUAGCUGAGGGAAUCAAGUUCAUGAAUGAUCAUGGAGUUGCAUAUAGAGAUCUCAAUACACAGAGGAUCCAUUUAGACAAAAAUGGGAAUGCUUGCUUGGGCGAUAUGGGCAUAGUAGCUGCCUGCAGGAGUAUUGACGAGGCCAUGGAGUAUGAGACUGAUGGUUAUAGAUGGCUAGCUCCUGAGAUAAUUGCAGGUGACCCUGAAAGUGUUAAAGAGACUUGGAUGAGUAAUGUAUAUAGUUUCGGCAUGAUUAUAUGGGAAUUGGUGGCUGGUGAGGUAGCAUAUGCUGCUUACUCGCCAGUACAGGCUGCUGUUGGAAUUGCUGCUUGUGGGCUUAGACCUGAAAUUCCAAAGGAUUGCCCACAAGUUUUGAGAUCUCUUAUGAUCAAGUGUUGGGACAAUUGUCCUUCAAAUCGUCCUCAGUUCACGGAAAUUGUGUCAACAUUGGUACGUUCCAGCAGUAAUAGCAACAGUAAGAAUAGGUAAUGAAAAUCCUUUCCAUCUCAUAAAAAUGUAAAAGAAGCCGUUUUAGUCUAGUAGAUGCCUCAAUCCCUCGUGUAGAUCUUUUGUAGUAGCAACAACAACAUACCCAGUGUUAUCCCUCAAGUGGAUCGUAGAUCCUUUGUAGCAAUGCAAAUUAAAUCCUUCCUUGAUUAAUGAUAAAUAUCCUCCUAUCAUCAUAUAUAAUGAAAGGAAAAGAAAUUUACUGGA